AUGGCCAGACGUCUUGUGGCUUCGAUUACAGACCACGCCAACCUUCGUGCCGGAUAUACCAUUGUCAAUUCCGACUUUGUUGUCCAGACACUCUUGGGACACGCUGGUUCGGUGCUACCCAAAAAUGGAAUGGAAAAGCUCAAGACGGCCAUGUCGGAGUCUAUGGUUAAGCCUAAGAGCAGCGAUCAUCAUAUUAAUAAUAAUAACGCUCAUAAUAACGACACAGAUUGUGCCCCCUUGCAACCGUUAAAUAUGAAGGCCGAUGAAGUAGAUCAUCUGCUUCGAAUGCUGCGAUUUGCUCUUUUGAAUCUAACCCCAAAGGUGACAACGGUGGUUGAAAAAAAACCUCCGGAGGCAAAAACGCUGCAGGAUGUGACUGCUAAAGAACCCUGUGGCCCGUGGUCCAAAAUUGAGGGGAAAUAUGCCUACCUCGACAUGCAGCGGCGCCAGUCGUCUUGCGUGUACCAAUCGCCAUAUGCCCCCGGGUUUGGUUUUUCGGGCUAUGCCAGGCGGGAAUAUAAUUUGAUUGGUGAGGUGUUUGCCGAGCCGAAGCCAUCGCUGGCUAUUGAGUAUUUCGACGGUCUUUCGCAGGAGGAUAAGGAAAAGGUUAUUGAGGCUUGUGGGGUGGACGUUACAGUACCGAGAAGGAAGAUACGCAUGCAGGUACCCACCGUUGAGGAACAUUUGACGCUUGAAACUGGCAUCAGCAACCAUAGUAAUCACCAUGUCGGAGUGAUGGGUGUUGGUGUUUCAAGAUUCGGACAGCAACCGUCCUCGCUGUCCUCAUCAUCGUCAUUCCCCGGCGCGUCUUCCCUAGAUGCUAUGACCAUGGAUGAUCCACACCAUCACCACCACCUCCACGGCCUCCAAAAUCAUAACCAGAACCAAAACCAUCUCUCCGUCUUCGACAUGCACAUGUCCAUGACCAUGCCCCUCCCUGCAUCUGCUGACUCCCCAGCCUCCGCUUCUGGCUGCUCAACCUUCGGUCGUCCCCCACUCCGCUACCAGUCCCCACACGCUUCUCUGGAGGUCCACAUCGAUCACGAAUCCUCCAUCCUCCCCCGGCACCUCCACGACCACGACCUCUUCGGUGACCAGCAGGCGAACCAGCGCUUCUGGCAGCGUAGCGUCGGGCCAUGGGUUGAUGGCGAUUGCGAAAAUAGCGAUGCAGGUGGAGGUGGGAAAUCACAGGAUGGGCGGGAGAGAGAUGAUGAGCAUAGACCAUUUUUCGGACCGCAUGAGAGGCCGACGAUUGGUGGUGGCGGCAGUGUUGGUAGUGCUGGGGUUGGUUGUGGGAGUGUGGGAAAUGAUUAUGCGUCGUCAGAUCUGGAUAUGGGAAGGGGGCCAGGCUCGCUUCAUAGUAUGGAUAUGGUUGGGUUUGGCUUCGACGUACCAGACGAGGGAGGUAGUCCUUGA